AUGCCGAGAUCCAACUUUUUAUUGUGCUUAGUGGUGCUGAUCUUCCUGGGACUGUCAGGGAGCGAUGAGCCCAAUCUGCUGCUGCCUCCUGCCAGCGAGACGCCCACGGAUGCUGCUGGGGUGUCCCUGCUGGACGAGGACGCCGCCGGUUCGCAUGAGUGCUCCGCCUGCGUGUGGAGGGAGCAGAGCAAAGUGUUGCGACUGGAGACCAUCAAGUCUCAGAUCCUGAGCAAGCUGCGUCUGAAGCAGGCGCCCAACAUCAGCCGGGAGGUGGUCAACCAGCUGCUGCCCAAGGCGCCGCCGCUCCAGCAGCUCCUGGACCAUCACGACUUCCAGGGGGACGCGUCGGCCCAAGACGAGUUCAUGGAGGAGGAUGAGUACCACGCUACCACGGAGUCGGUCAUCACCAUGGCCUCAGAGCCGGAGCCCCUGGUGCAGGUGAACGGGAAGCCCAGUUGCUGCUUCUUCAAGUUCAGCCCUAAACUAAUGUUCACCAAGGUGCUGAAGGCCCAGCUGUGGGUGUAUCUGCGACCGCUGCAGCAGACCUCCACGGUCUACCUGCAGAUUCUGCGACUGAAGCCCGUCACAGAGCAGGGCAGCCGCCACAUCCGGAUCCGCUCGUUGAAGAUAGAGCUCAACUCGAGGGUCGGCCACUGGCAAAGCAUUGACUUUAAGCACGUGUUGCAGAACUGGUUCAAACAGCCCCACACCAACUGGGGAAUCGACAUCAACGCCUUUGAUGAGAGCGGCAAUGACCUGGCAGUUACCUCGCUGCGACCCGGGGAGGAGGGGCUGCAGCCGUUCCUGGAAGUGAAGGUUCUCGAGACGACCAAGCGCUCUCGACGAAACCUGGGAUUGGAUUGUGACGAGCACUCCACCGAGUCUCGCUGCUGUCGCUACCCUUUGACGGUGGACUUCGAGGCCUUCGGUUGGGACUGGAUCAUUGCCCCCAAACGCUACAAAGCCAACUACUGUUCUGGCCAGUGCGAGUACAUGUUCAUGCAGAAAUACCCGCACACCCACCUAGUGCAGCACGCCAACCCUCGCGGCUCUGCAGGGCCCUGCUGCACCCCGACCAAGAUGUCCCCAAUUAACAUGCUUUACUUCAAUGACAAGCAGCAGAUCAUUCAUGGCAAGAUCCCUGGGAUGGUGGUGGAUCGAUGUGGCUGCUCUUAGGUUGUGGAAGGAGACACACACCUUGAAUAAAUAUAGCUCUUCAUCAAAACACCCAAAAUCCUUACGGAGAUCUCCCUUUC